AUGGACAAGAAUGCCGACGUGCAGGCCAUCAUCUCGCCUCAGACAUCACCCGAAGCUGCCGAGCUAUUCGCCGGCAUAGCGGAACACAGCAACAUCCCGAUCCUUUCCUCCUCCACCGCCACCUCGUCGGCAUCGAGUUCGUUAUUGCGGUCGCGUUUCUUCGUACGCACCGCACCCAACAUCAGCUCCCAGGCGGCGCCGAUCGCCGCCAUUCUCGAGGCGUUUGCGUGGCGGGCCGCUGUCCUGCUUCACGAGGACUCGCCCUACGGCGUCGGCCUCCUCUCGGCGCUGGUCCACGCGUUCCAGGGGUCACGCGGUCUCACCGAGAGCGUAGCCGUGCCUCGCGACGCGACAGACAGCCGCGUCUACGCGGCGCUCCUCGCCCUCAAGACAAUGCCGACGAAGGUGUACAUCGUGCACAUGCCCCCCGCUCUGGCCGCGCGCCUCUUCCGCCGGGCCGUGGUCGCCGGCAUGAUGUCGGAGGGCUACGUCUGGGUCACCACCGCUGGCGUUGGCAACGCGGCGGACAGCCUCCCUAACCCCGGCGACAUCGAUUACAUGCAGGGGGUUGUCAGCCUGCGGCCUUACGUGCCGGCGACGGACCAAGUCAGGAGCUUCUGGAGGCGGUUCAAGGCGAGGUUUCGGCAGGAGAACCCAGGUCUCGAGCACGACGACCCCACUGUGCCGGUGACGCUGCUCUGGUUGUAUGACACGGCAUGGGCUGCCGCGGCAGCAGCUGAGACAACCUUCCGAACGGCACAACUAACGGCAUUCAUCGAUGCUCUGCUGGUCACCAAGUUCGAUGGACUGGUAGGAAGGUUCGGCCUGGUCGACGGCCAGCUGCAGGUCUCGGUGUACGAGAUCAUGAAUAUCAUCGGCAAUGGCGCAAGGACGGUCGGCUUCUGGGUGCCGGGGUUGGGGAUCACGACGAGCCUGUAUCCCAGCGGUGCACGGAAAGAACUGAAGCAGAUCCUCUGGCCAGGCGAGACAGCGGCUGUCCCGAUCGCGUGGAACAAGUCACCCAGCCAAGGGAGCCUUCGCGUCGCAGUUCCGGUGAGACGCGGGUUCACCGAAUUCGUGGAAAUUUCCACUGAUCCGAGCAUCGCCAUGGACAGAGUGUCGGGCUACUGCAUAGACGUGUUCAACGCGGUCAUGGCAAGACUGGACUAUACAGUUGCGUACCAUUACCAGCCAGCUAAUGCCAACAUGCCAUACGAUGAACUUGUGAACCUGGUGCAUGGCAAGAGGAGAAGCUGGAGAGCAACCUGUCAAAGUUUGUGGUGA